GUCACAAGCACACGAGCUCUUCAGCGGAGGUCCGUAAAAGUUGACCUUUACAUAGGAAGACUGAACAGUCAGACCCGCCGGUGUUUGUUACAGGAAAGCUGGACCCAUAAAAAAGGGAUAUAUAUAUAUAUUUCUUUUCAAAUGUAACGUUUCGCUGUUGUGAACAACACGAGCAACAUGAUCAAGAAGUGUCAAAGACAUUUGGAGAGACCAUGCAGGCACGUUACCUCAUCUUCUUUCAAUACAUUGGAGCAAAGUACAGUGGUGCAGUGAAAGUGCCUCCACAUCAACUGCACAGGAAAGGGAUCCAGGACCACUUGGAGGAUGCUAUAAGGAGGCUGAGGCCCCUCAACCCAGUAUCUCUGUCAGUCUCUAGUAGGACAGACACAGGUGUCCAUGCUCUCUGUAACUCCGCCCACUUUGACCUCCAGCGCAAAAACAACAAGCCACCGUUUACUGAGGACAUUCUUGUUCAGGCUCUGAAUUUCCACCUGAGGACAGAACAAAUCAGGAUCACCCAUGCCCACCGUGUGCCUGAUAACUUCCAUGCCCGUUUUCAUGCCAAGUCUCGGACCUACGUCUACCGGAUAGCCCUGGGAAUACCCAGCCACUCUCUGCUUCCCCUCACAGACCACGAUCUGUGCUGGAACCUCCGCAACACAGAACUGGAUGUAGGAGCCAUGCGUGAGGCCGCCGCCCUGCUGGUUGGGACUCACAACUUCAGCAGCUUCAGGGCAAUCAGCUCCGACAUGCCUUUUAAAAACCCCAUCAAGACCCUGGAUGUGGCUGACUUACAACCAGGAAGCUCUUUCGCACAUGCACACUUCCAUAGGAACAUCCCGAUCUGGGAAAUAACUUUUAGGAGCAGAUCUUUUCUCUACAGGCAGGUGAGGAGGAUGACGGGGGCCCUGGUGGCGGUCGGCCAAAGGCGGCUCUCAGUGCCCCAGCUGAAGGACAUAUUGGAUGCUCAGGACUCUCAGGCCUACCCACAGGGCCUGGCUGCUCCAGCUCACGGCCUCUUUCUCACAAGGGUGGACUACAGAGACGCAGACCUGCAGCUUUCACAACAGAUGUCAGAGGAACAACUUCCCUCCACUGGAAACUCAGAGGAUUAAUUCUACUUGAACAACUUAUUCAUGUUAACGUAUUUCCAUACUACUGUAUGCAUUGAUUGUAAUAAAGGUUUUGUAUUUA